AUGAUCGCUACAUACCUCAAGAAUCAAUAUUUAGCAGCAGUAAAGAAAGGAAGCGAUAAAAGGACUAAGGGCAAGGAAAAACAGAAGAAAAAUGUUAUAAGUAAAGAAGCAGCGAAAGACGAUGGAGGUGCUCCAUGCAAAGAAACCAAGGAUGAGAAAACCAAACAACAGAGAAAGGCUUCAUCAGAAGCACCACAAAAUCAGCCAAAUAGAGAUAAAGGGGGCGAAGUGGCUCCAGGAGAUGCGCAACAAUCCAAGCCAGCAAAGGGUGCCGAAGUGGUUGCGAAAUGGGUGAUGAGAGCUCUAGAUAUGGGAGUGGAAGCGCUCAGAGCUGAAUAUAGAUCACUUGCUAGAUAUACCAUGCCUGAUGUAACAUAUGAAGCCUUCAAGAGUAAUCAUGAAGCUGGUAGGAACAGAUAUCAAGACGUCCCAUGCCAAGAUCAACAUCGUGUAGUUAUAAAGUGGCCUGGAGCUCCUUGUGAUUAUAUUCAUGCCAACUAUGUGGGAACACCAAUAUCUGACAAAAGAUUUAUCUGCACACAGGGGCCGCUCGAUGGUACGAUCCCAGAGUUCUGGAUGAUGGUACUUCAGGAGGAAUCUGAAACAAUUAUCAUGUUGUGCAACUGUAUUGAAACGGGGAAGUUUAAAUGCGCCGAAUAUUGGCCAAACCAAGUAGGAAUGAGCAAAGCUUAUUCCGGGAUUGAAAUUACCAAUGUCCAGAUGCGUCCUAUGAGUCCCGAGGAACAAUCUGUGAUAGUAUCAGUACUUUUCAUCAAGUUUAAAAAGCCCGAUGGAACAAUGGAACAGCGUGAAGUCAGGCAUUAUCAGUGGCAAGAUUGGCCUGAUAGAGGUGUCCCACCAUGUAGAUUAACUACAAUGGAGCUCCUUUCGCGUGUUCGGGGCACAACUAAACCGAUCAUUGUACACUGUUCAGCAGGAAUAGGGAGGACUGGAACAAUAGUCGCAGUCGAAUACAUCUUAGAGAGGAUGCAAGCCGGGAAGGAGUGCGCCGCAAUGAAUGACUUGCUAAUGGAACUGCGAAACCAAAGAGCGUACACAAUCCAAAAUGAGCUUCAAUACUUGUUCAUUCAUCGCGUCAUGUUGUGUUAUUUCCUGGAAAAACACAAGAAAAGAUAUGAAUCCAUCUUAACAGAACAAAACCAAGCGAAGUAUCGGAAAUUCGUCGAGGACUACAACAUAGUUACUGGAACCAGUUGA